UUCACUUUGUCGCCCUUUCCACAAGGCCUCCAUCGAGCGUCAGCCCUCUCCUUGCCGGCAGCGGCCAGCGCCGGCUGAGCUGCAUUGAACUCGGGAUCGUGACGCUCUGAUUUGAACUGGACCAGCCGGCGACUGGCCGAAAGGACGAGCAGGACUUAGCCCAGCCAGAGCAGGCACGGAGAUAGGCAGCCACUAGCGCGGCAGCUAUAGCUAACAGCACCGGGAACAGCAACAACAGCACGAAGCACUAUAGGCCGCAGCAUUCGACCCGCCACUAACAGCAGGCGGUGACCGCACGAGCAGCAGCUACCAGAAGCCGGACCGCGAAGGAUAUGAUGAACAACACAAGAGAACGAACGAAAAAGAGACGAAUCGAGUAGUCAUCGUAGUGAGUCUUUCUUAGCCGGCGUUGCUGGUGCUUUGCCACGGCGAGAGCCACUGCAGCAGCCCCAGCAUCAGCAGCACAGGAUCCAUUGGUACCCGUGCUGGCUCCUACCCAGACGGCUACGACAAGCGAAUGAACCCACGAACAUACGGAGAGCCAGCCGGGACAGUUGGGAAGACAACGAUCAAAAAAGAUUUCGUUCGUGCCUGCCCGCCAGUGCGCCGAACAGAAUAGCAAACGCAGCAGAUAUCUGGUGCCUGCCUGCCUGCGUGUGUAUGUGUACGGCGCCUCCGCAGGUAGAGGGAUCACUAUCGCAGGUUUAGCAAGCUCGACGAGAGGGUUAGUCCGGCACGCAGUCUGACCGGCUGUACUGACUAGCUAGCUGAUGAUCGGCCGACUGGCAGAUAGGCAAGGCAAGCUCAUCCGGGAAUCCUGCGGCGCACGCAUGGAGUACAUGGCGACAAACCACCGAAGGUCUACUACGGGCCGAACUCUACCAUCGUCAUCCGAAAGAAUCGCUGUCAUAACCAUCAUUAGAGGAUAGAACAGAGCAAGGAGCUAUCACACAGCAAAGCCCUAGCCAUCCACGACCGUGGAUGUUUUGUAGGUGUAAGCCUCAGUACGUAUACGCAUAAGACAUGUUUCAAGUACUGGAUAUAUUUUUUGUGUUCCAGGAUAUACCUGUUGAUUCAUGCGCUAGUGGGCCUGCAAUUCGCCGCUGUGAAGUGCGCAACCGCCUUUGAAAGAAAGAAGAAGAUUGCUAUAUUAUCGCCGCUUCUAUAAAAGCACGGCCUUCGUUAAGUGGCUGGUGUACUCCAGCCAGCCCAACGUGUAGUGAGCUUUUGUGCAAAAAUUUUCAAUAGUUAAAACUGAGGAGAACGAGUCAACUCUGUCCUAGGCUCACCGGUGUUGUUGUUGUUGUUGCUGCUGUUGUUGUUGCUGCUGACGUAUUCACCUGUGCUCGUCGUAUCGCCUCAACGUUGAUCGUUUUUAUACUUUUUGUGCGUUCGAAUUUGAAGUGAUAUAGUGCGGAUGCGGUCGUUGUUUUUGUUAUGAAGUGAAUCGGAUUUUUUUGUUGUUGUCUUCUUUUUUGAAUUUUUUCUGCCAACUCUCGCCCAUUCACUGCCCUUCGUCAACGGAUUGAUCGUGAUGCCCCUGGCAGUUCAGGGGCAGGUGAACUGACAGUGGUCAGCUUUCUCUUUCCCUCUCUCAGACAUACUCAGACCCCUAUAUUCAUCAAAGUGCUUGUUCGCUAAGUCAGAAUUGGAUAUAACAACGACCUAGGAGCUGCCUCAGGGUGUCGUUAUGGUAACUUUGCAAGCGACAUUGUGAGUACCAGAACGCUGGUGUUCGAGAGGAUACCUCGAAAUCGACAGUGUUUUCUCGCUGUGCUUAAGUGUGCAGGUGUGCAGUGCCUUCUGUAUUCGUUUGUGUAUGCGUCUAUGAAUGUGUGGUGUUUAUUAGUGCGAGACUGUGAGCUUGUUGCUAACACCGUGCUUGUCGCCAACGUGAACUCUGCUAUAGUAUCACGCACUAAGAUUGAUACAGGCAUCUCAUGGAGGAGGUACCGUCAAUACCGGGGGUUGGAGCCCUGCACGGAGCCGCAUCGGCGUUCGCGGCGGUCCACGGAGCUAUUCCAGUUGAUCAACGAACUCACGAGGGUCGUUACGUAUGGGAACCGCGCAUCAACCCCUUUACCGGACGCGUCUUCCAUUCAAAUGGAUUACUUACAACAGGUGCAGACAGCCAUCGCUCAUCAGCGGGCAGCAGCUGCUCUGCAACAACACACGGCAACCGAUGCGACGUCGCGUCUAAGCGCCAGAGGUCGUAAGCGAGCAUUGUCUUCAUCGCCGUAUUCGGAGGCGUUUGACGUCAACUCAAUGAUCCGAUUCAGCCCUAAUCAGCUCGUAUCGUUCAUGAACAGCCCCCGAACGGGCUCGUACGGUCACCUAUCAGCAGGCACCCUCAGUCCCCUGCAUCAGCAGUUAUUACAGCGGCACUAUCCACACCAUCCGGUUGCAACUGCCCUAGCGCCGCCGGUUCCUGGAACGACGGACCUCGGGACGGAUGUGGUUUCGAGUACGAACGUUGAAAUCAAGACCGAGAUCAAGGAAGAGUCGAAGGAUGAUUCGGACGAGCCGGACUUCGUCGAAACGAAUUGCCACUGGGGGGAGUGCACCAUUCAAUUUGACACGCAACAACAACUGGUGGACCAUCUACAAAAGGAUCACAUACAGACUAACAAGAAGGCCUACGUUUGCCGAUGGCAGGAGUGCUCCCGCGAAGAAAAACCGUUUAAGGCCAUGUACAUGCUUGUCGUGCAUAUGCGUCGUCACACGGGCGAGAAACCCAACAAGUGCACGUUCGAGGGCUGUCAAAAAGCCUACUCGAGACUGGAAAAUCUCAAAACACAUCUCAGGUCGCAUACAGGCGAGAAACCCUAUAUGUGUGAAUAUCCAGGCUGUUCGAAGGCGUUCAGCAAUGCCUCUGAUCGAGCCAAGCAUCAGAACAGGACUCAUUCGAACGAGAAGCCAUACGUAUGCCAUGCGCCUGGCUGCACCAAACGUUAUACGGACCCGAGCUCACUACGAAAACACGUGAAGACGGUCCAUGGGGCCGAUUUCUAUGCGAAUAAAAAGCACAAAGGUCCGCAAUCGGACGAUAAUCCCAACUCUGGUGGCGUCGGCUCCGAUAACAGUUCGCCGUUAAGUCCUGGAAGUGGAAAGUCGAUUCCAGAUGCUCCACCUUCGGCGUACACGCAGAUAGGCCAGCCGCAAACUCCACCAAGCGAAGGAUCCCCAGUGAACGAUUCGCAAGUUUCGACUACCACAUGCGGCAGUGUAGCGGUCGAUUCCCUUGCGAAUCUACCAAGCCAGGCACAAGAAAGUCCGUGGGAUUCACUUAAUUAUGAGGUCGACGAGUUUGCCGAAGCCAUCACCUGCGCCGUAUCUGGCGGUGGUAAUUACGGUGACGAGCCUGUUGUACAACGGGCAAACUUCAGUAGCCUCGACCGACUUAAACAACGAAUGCAGCCACCCAUCCCGUUACGGGGUAUGCCACCUCCCGUGGCGCCAUCUGGAGGCCUGAAUAUAGGUGGUCAUGGAGGGGGCGGUCGUUACACUGAGCUGCGUACCUGUCACGGAGGGGACGGCAGCACCGCGAUUUCUCGCUAUGGAGAUCACCUCGGCCGGGGCCCACACGGGGCUACACAGGAAACUUCGUUUGUCACGAAUGCGCAGGCGAUGCGGAGAGACAGCAUCGCUAGUACCUAUUACGGAAGCAUGACAUCGGAACAGACCCGAAGCGAGACGAACCGCAGCACGGUCGAAUCGUCUGCUCUUAGCGAUCCCGUCGCGGUUUCAUCGUGCGGCAGCGAAAGUUAUCACGCAUACAGUGCGUUAGUUUCGCCAGCAACAGGGCCACCAGCGCCCCCGAACCCGAAUAUUGCCGUACCCCGCAAUGUGAACACUUCGAAUGACGAUUCAGAGAGCAGCACCCUCGCAGAAGACGAUGCUCGAGUGCAUGAAAUGGCCAAUGUAAGCCAGCCCCAACAACGCAAUGCCGAGGUAAAGCACCUUGGACUGGAUGAAAUCGACUUGCCCGAUGAGUUUGUGAACUUCAUCAAUCACCAAGAAGGUGGUGAUAUGCCGCCUUCAGCUAGCCACGCUAAUCUGCCUGCUAGACCCGGGUCGGCGCUUAGUUCAGCGGCCGUAUCUUCAGUUAGUCAAUACGACGAAGUAGCACGCCGCACUCAACCCUCUACUCAGAUGGGCCCCCCACAACAUCCCGUUCCGCGCUCUCGUGCUGGUCACGCUCGGCCUUAUUGCUACCAUCAACAAGCGACCAGCAAUCUCAUGAUCUCUCAGCAGCACGAUGGUUAUGAUUAUUAUCCGCCAGUAACGCCUGCUCCUCCAAUUCCUCCCGCAGCUCUAGCUACCCAUCAUCAUCAACAGCAGCAGCAGCCAUCACAACAACCUCAGCCGGCCCAGCCGCAUCAUCGAGCUGUGGCUCCGAUCGCGCCUCCUCCAUCACAAGGAGCUGCUGCUGGCAGCCAAAUGCAGGGUGGCAUGCCUGCAAGUCACGUAAAUCAUUGCUACUAUCCAGCACCGCCCGCCGGAACAUCGACUGGCAUGUCAAACUACCCCACAGUGCACCCCUUGCACGUUAAGAACGACCAUGAUCGGAAUAUGAACCACAUGAGUUGCAGGAACAUACAGCAACAGACGCACUCCCAAUCCCAACCGCAGCAUCACGGCAAAGUGCCUGAACGAACGGCGUUGAGUAAUCAGUCAAAUCUACAGCUGCAGCCGAUGAAUGCGGAAGCGUUACAACACCUCAAACAACAACAGGCCCAAAUCGCCCUUCGGCAACAGCAACAACAUAAUCACCAUCAGUCGCAACAGCAAAGGCAUCAUCAGCCGCCACAUCAUCUUCUAGGAAAUCAGGCUGGAACUCAACAUCAAAACCAUCAACACCCCGUUGCCAUGCAUCGGUCGGAAAUCCAGUGCCGAUCAGUUAGUCAGAGCUCAAUGGCGCCUGAUACAUAUCGACGCACUCUGGAGUACGUGCAACAAUGCCAGAUCAGUUCAAGUUCGGAAAGUCGCCAACAACGGCGAAGUCCACUGCUUCAACCGAUGUGCACACGAAACAUGGUCAUCAAUGACAUGAGCGCAUCGCUUCACACGCUCGUGCGGGAGACAACACAUCUUAAGCUCAUGCAAUAAUAAUAUUCACAAUAAUAAUUCUAAUAAUGAUAACUGUUCCAGCGAUAAUAAUAGUAUAUGGUAGAAAACUGUAUAUAUAUAUUUCAUAUAUGUACCUUUAUGCUGCUAGCAGUACUUCUGCAUAUGGUUAGUACGUAACGGCCUAUACGAGACAGAGCGUCAAACAUUGUCAACGCGUCACUCACUGAGAAACCUGCGAGUGGUAGUGCAAUGUAAGACUCGUGCCUCAGAUCUUUAAAAGUCCGCGGACCUACUACUGGAAAAUAUCUCAAAGACAGAACAUAGUACUCAUCGUUAUUAAUGAUGCAUUUGAGGGAAGGCCACCCCGAUAGAGAAUGAAGAGCGUUCAACUGUGGGUGCAUUUGACGAUGUGUAGGAAUAGACCCCGAUUCUACAAAUACGUAUUGGCGCCUCACGCGCUUUAACUGUGACAGUCAUGAAAGCCUUGAAGUCUUGUGACAAUGGUCUCCAGUUGACUACCAGGGGCGUGCAAUGAACAACAUGGAUCAGAUAUUCACCCCUCGAUCUUCUAAUCAUGAUAGUGAUCGAGGGGUACAGCUUAGCUAUCUUGUUUCAUCAGAUUGGACGAUAAGCUUAGCAUCAUGGUCACCUCUGACGAUUGCUCGUCGGUCCUAAGGACCAGUUGCAAAAAUAGCGCUUGCUUCGUUCAAUAACAAACAUGUGGACGCAUGUUGUACCUGGUGCAUUUUUUACCGAAGGGGAACGCCCCGUAUUCCCCAUGUAGUAGUGUAUUUAUUGUUGUCGGAUAAUUUACAGUUGAUCUCAUUCAACCAAUAACAUUACUGAAGGCUGUGAGCAAUCGCUCUGUACAUAUAAUAGUACAUAUACGAUAUAAUGUGAAACGAAUUGUAUACUGAAGGUACGGAGCGAGAUGGUUACAAUGGACGUUGAACUCCGAUCUUAGAAAAGCUAACCAAACAAUCAACGAAUCCAUGAUUAAUCAAUCAAUGUAUCUCAGAACAUGCAAGAAGAAGGAAUAUAUUAAAAUCCAUGGAAAGUAAGACACAUUUGAUGAAAACAACUUGUUGCAACGUAACUUAAACACGAGCUUCGUAGUGUAAUACUGUAAGAUCUCUUUUUUGUAUUCUCUGAAAACACUGUCAGCUAUAGGAGGAUAUUCUUCUACUUAAAAACCCUAAGGACGUAAAAUAUGUGAGCUUACUUUAUAUAUAUAUAUAUAUAUAUAUAUAUAUAUAUAUAUAUAUAUAUAUAUGUACACACACACACACACACAUGUAAUAUUGAACUAUGCCUCUGUGCAUUAUGAUGCAAUUGUGCAUAUGCCUAUAACGGAUAUCUUAUUGAUGCGACAUGUUGAAUCGAACAAAUGUUUGUUAUUAAGUAAUAACGAAUCAAUCAAACCUUCGUUCCUUUUGUCCACUUUGAACUGAGCUUAGGACACAUACGAUUUCCCGUUUAAUCAAAAUAGACAAGAUCUGAUGUACACUGGACGGUAUGAUUAAUAUUUCAAUUGUAUGGUUACUAUAACUGGGACUCGAAUGCAUGAUAGAAUAUUUAUGAUAAUAUUUUUAUAUGAAUUUCGAGAAGCUUCGCUGGGAGCCAGGUGUCGACACCUGAGGAACCGGUUUCAAGUAUUCUCAAUAAUAAAAACGUUUCGUGCCGGCCUAUUAAGCAGAGCACU